UUGCUCAUUUCUUGUCAAGGAACCACAUCGCGUCAUUUUACAAGUUAUUCUUAUUAUUCCAGCUCUCCCUCUUGUCGUAGAUUUUCAUCAUAAAUGUACCACUUGGAUCUCGGAAUAUUACCUUCUUACCCCAGCUCCAUAAUUAGUAAAAACCUACAAUGGCCCUAAUACGCCGUCAUAUUUUCGGCUUUCGACUGGCUCAGUCUGACAUUUUGAAAACAGAGAGUUGCAACAACAGCGCCCCUACGGAAAUGAGAAAUUAUCUGACGGCACACGUGUGCGGACAGGAAGUUUUACAUGCUGUAUCAAGAUGGUGGCCACCAGAAGAGGGGUACGCGUGGUGGAAUCCCCUACUAAAACAAACCAGGAUGAAUCUUCCAGUUCAUCGGGUACUGCUACAUCCACUAGAAGAACUAGGAGAGUAACUGUUCUAGAGGAGGCUCAAACUCCCUCCUCGAGUAAAAGUGAUGCCCAGAAGGCUGAAAAUGAAGUAACCAGUACUGCUAGCACCCAAGAAGAAAAAUCCACUGAGGAAGCUACUGCAUGUGUUGAAAACCAAUCUGAGGACAUCCACGAUGCAGAUGUGUCAGACUCUGAGUCGUGCUGCUCGGUGGUGUCGGGUGCUCAAACACCAAGCACCAGGUCGACCAGGAAGAGGGGGCGUCCUGCGACUCUGAGAAAGCCCACAAGCGGCACAGAGGGGGUGUCUGAAGCGGAGUCCUACACGUCCUCCGUGUCCGCCACACCUGGCAGAUUCACCCGAAGUCAAAAGAAAAAGGUUCUCGUUGGUUCCGUGGCAGCUGACGAGGAGCCCUCUGAGGCGGAGUCCUGCAGCUCUGUGACGUCUCGGAGCAAACGUGGAGAUGCCCGCGUGCUGACCAGGAGCCAGAGGAAGACCGCUGCCUCCCAUACUGAAGACACCGAACACUCAGAGCAAGACUCCUAUGAUCAAUGCAAGUCCACGGUUCGCAAAAGCACCAGGGGCAGGAGGCCGAAGCCUGUGCUGCCUGUGCCUAUAGAUUUCGAGGAUAGUGGAGACGUGUCCUCCUCCUCUGUGUCGAGAAGAACGCCCGCACGCAGAGCCAAAGCCGCUCCCUCUAGUGAAGCCCGCUCCCAUGUCUCUGAGGACAAUGAGUCUAGGCCCAGCACAAGGAGAACCACUCGCGGUAGAACCAAAGAUACAAGAGGCACGUCAGACUCUGAAUCUGACCUAACUGGGUACAGUCCUCUGGGGAGUCCCUGCUCUCUGUUGGCGAGGAGCACCCCAUGCAGCAGUCGCACGGGGUCGGCUAGCAGUACCCGCGGUGUGCUGGUAACCAGGUCCCUUCAUAUUGUCGCCGCACGGGUGACUUCCCCGCUGCUGACCAAGGAUCUGGCACCGAACCAAGGGGAUGGGGAUGCUCCUGUCUCAGAUGCCAUGGAAACAGGGGAAGAGAUGGAGGUAGAAGGGCACGAGGCCACAGUCAUAGUGACUGGUGAGGAGGAAGAGGCCUGUCUCCUAGUUAGCAGCGUCCGCGUGGCGCCUCUUCAUAGUGACGUCACACUGGUGUCUCCCCCGCUGCCGACUGAUGAUCAGGCACCAAACCAAGGGGAAAGGGAUGCUCCUGUCUCAGAUGCCAUGGAAACAGGGGAAGAGAUAGAGGUAAAAGGGCACGAGGCCACAGUCAUAGUGACUGGUGAGGAGGAAGAGGCCUGUCUCCUAGUUAGCAGCGUCCGCGUGGCGCCUCUUACCAGGUCCCUUUGUAGUGGCGUCACACUGGUGUCUCCCCCGCUGCCGACUGAUGAUCAGGCACCAAACCAAGGGGAAAGGGAUGCUCCUGUCUCAGAUGCCAUGGAAACAGGGGAAGGGCACGAGGCCACAGUCAUAGUGACUGGUGAAGAGAGAGAGGCCUCUCUCCUAACAGAGGUGAGUGAGGAAGACCAAACUCUAAUCGCAAUGGAAGAGGAGGAAGACUCUGUCGGCAGGGGAGUCACUGUGGUUGACCCAGCAGAGCUUGCUGCCAAGGAGGACACUCACACAGUCAGCCCAUCAGUGGUAGUAACAGAAUCAGUGUGUCCAGACACAGAGAGGGCAGAGGAGAUCAAUUCUAUUGAAGAUGAACAUUCAGAAAAAGAAGCCUCAAAAGGCAGCGUGACGGUGUCUGAAGAAGCUGGUGAAAAUAUUGAAUCUGGCCUGGGCAGUGUUGGCACUCUGACAACCCCAUGUGCUGACAGUGUAACAGUAACCGUAUCUGAAAUGGCUGAAGAAGACACUCUUGAGGGAGUUACUGAAGGAAAUGACCAACUCCUAACUGCUACAGAUGCCUGUAGUGACCAGACUGCCAAAGUGACUGUACAUGAGCCAUCCAUGGCAGAGUUGGGUAAUAGCACGGCAGAGGUAGUACAUAUAACAGAGGAAGUUGCAGAAGAAAAUGCCAAACCCCAUAUUGCCACAGAAUUUGAUGUCCCAGGUGACAAAACUGUGGAUCACACAGAGGUCAGUGAAAGUCUUGCAGAUACUUCCUCCCGCUUAGACAUCGAGGUGUCGGCCCAAGAUGGCGUUCAGCCAUCAGGAAGUGGGCCGUCUCAGACACUUGCCGCUGUAAGCUUGCUUGACAGCAGUGAUGAUGAUGAUGAAGAGGAGGACAACGAGGAGCCCGUGGCGGCUCAAGAGGCCUCUGAAAGCGAGGACGACGAAGCCAGCGGCUCGGAAGCAGCCCUCACAGCCAGGACGAAGCCCAAAGCUAAGGCCCGGCUUCUCCCCAGUGACGGACUGUUUGUCAUAGACACACAGCCAGGGCUUCAGUCCUCUCAGAAGUACUACGCUAAGGAGGAGGAGCAGGAGGAAGAUGUGGCGAUGGAAGAGUUUGUCGAUGAGGAGGAUGAGGAAGAGGACGAAGAUACCAAAGUCCUGUUCACAAGCAGGGACCCAGCCUCGAAAGAGUUAUCCUGCAGUAUUGAUCCGGGCCUGAAAGUGAAGGAGCUCGGGGGUUUAUACAUCAAUUUCGAUGGCAGCAAAUCAAAGAAAGUCUCCAGUGGCCUAAAAAAGCUGAAAGACCAGAAGCACCUAGAUGAGCUGAUGAAGAAGAGUGUUGUCGGCCCCGAUUUUGAGAAGAAAGACUCCAUACCACCAUAUAAAGAAUCUCUCAAUGCUUCGAAACUGAAGCGUAGGGAGGAACGUGCGAAGACCACUGGUGACGGCUGGUUCAACAUGAAAGCCCCAGAAAUGACAGAGGAGCUGAAGAACGACCUGAAAGCCAUCCAAAUGCGUUCCGCUAUGGACCCAAAGCGCUUCUACAAGAAGAACGACAGAGAGGGCUUUUCCAAAUAUCUGCAGGUUGGCACAGUGGUUGACAGUCCUAUAGACUUCUAUCAUUCCCGCAUUCCCAAGAAGCAGAGGAAGAAGACCAUUGUUGAGGAACUACUAGCAGAUGCUCAGUUCCGAAGCUACAACAAGAGGAAAUACCAAGAGAUCAUGACUGAAAAGGCUGCUCUACUGGCUGGCAAGAAACACGGAAAAAAGAAAUUCAAGUCAAAAAAGUAGGGAAUAAAACCACGGAAAGUAUACGUGUACAUUUGUGUGGUCAUUAUAGAAUGGUUUGGUAUGAAUGAUUUCACUAUGAGUUUCUUUUUUAAAUUGCAAGAAAAUAAGAUGUAAAUACAUAGACCACAUGAGUUUCUCAAUGGAUUUUUAUUGUUACACUGUUUACAAAAUCAAUUUGUAAAUAUUUUAGUUUUCAAGCAUCAGGAGAAUAGUAGUGAUCAUGUCAUCUUUAUCAAUACUGUUCUAUCGGGAUGUGCAAAAAAAAAAUACAUGAUCCAGUGGGGAGAAAAAACACUUGUUAAACAAAAUAUACCUUUUUAAGUCACAAUAAAUUCACUACAAUAAGA